AUGGCUUCAAGUUCGGAGUCCAUCUACCAGCCGCUGGAUCCAUCCAGGUCUGAGAUCCGGCUGUUAAGGCUGCACCCCCGACAAACAGUCAGACCUGACGAAAGCCUGCAACUUACCAUGUUUACCACCUCACCACACGAGCAAAAGUAUUUCGCUCUGUCGUAUGUGUGGGGUGAGGACACUCCAAGCAACCCGAUCACAAUCAACGGCCAUAACGUACCCGUGACUGAAAAUCUAUUCGACUUUUUACUACAUUACCGCGAUCUCACCGAAGUGAGUAGUACGUGGGAGCUCGCAGAUAUGCUCUUCUGGGUGGAUGCCAUCUGCAUUAAUCAGGAGGACAUUCCUGAGAAAAACAGUCAGGUCCUGCAGAUGUCGUCAAUCUACCGUUCUGCGAACGCGGUGCUAUCAUGGUUAGGUGUGGAAGAGGAUGACAGCGACUAUACCAUAGAGGUGAUGAUUGAUAUAGCCGGAAAAGUAGCUGCAUCACUUGAUGAAAACGACCCUCUUUCAUGGAUGGCCCCUAGCCAGACCGAACUGUGGCAAAGAAACUCGGACAGCCACGGAAUGGGAAAUAAGUUCUGGAAAGGUAUUGUAAGAUUGGUGCAGCGGUCGUAUUGGACCCGCGCAUGGAUAGUCCAAGAGAUCGUGCUUGCAAGGAAAGUCACGUUGCUCUGUGGCAUGAGACUUUUUCAGUUUCAGGACUUGGCGACUAUAAGCACAUGGAUAAUGAGACUUCACCCCGAUCAUAGGCCCUCAUUUGCCAGUCUUAGUAUCUGGCUCUAUCUAUCAACUCCUGGCUACCGGGAAUACUGUGGGAUAGCACAGCCCAUGAAGUAUGUUCAGUUCAUCCAGUUAGUAGAAGAAGCAGCAAGGACAGAAACAUUCGGAACAUCGGAUCACUGGAAAAAGAUCAUCAUAACCACUCGAACGGCUCAGGCCUCAGACCCUAGAGAUAAGCUCUACAGUAUGGCCAGUUUGUUGCGCCAUAGUGUAACCCCGGACUAUUCUAUCUCGGCAGAGGAGACGUACUGCAAAUUUACAAGAAUGUGCCUUGAGGCAGACGGUGGAUUGCACAUACUGUUAUUUGCAGGCCACGGUAUAGUCACUGAUAUACCAGGCCUGCUGGGGCACCAUCUAUUCUUGCCUUCGUGGGUCCCAAAUUGGGAUCUGUUGUCGAAGGCAGGCAUGUGGACUCCAGUUCCCGCUCAAAUGGCGAGUUUCGAUGCUAAUGAAUUUAUGCGAAACCAGAAUAUACCACCAUUCUCUUGCUAUGGAAAUACCCUAGAGGCUCCUGGAAUUCACAUGGGUGAGGUCUCAACAUGCCUCUGCUUCGACAACAACCUUGAAAUGUUUCGCCGUUUCUGGCUAGAUUAUAUUGAGGCUCAUAAAGACCAACGGGGUGCUGGCGGAGCUCGGGUCCUCCUCACUAUUAUAAGGCUGCUGCUUUUUGACCAAGUCCCUAGUAGUGAUAUGCAGCUUGGGCUAAACCCUGAAACUUCGGUAUUGGAAAGGGCAAUUGUCUAUAUGGUAUUAGUAUUAUUGGAUAAGGAUGCAGGAUCCGCUAAGUUUCUGCAGGAAGCCAGGAGCAACCAAUAUCUAGAUCAGCCAGUUGAUGGAACUCGACUACGAGAACUUUUGGAUAGGAAUACCAUUGACCAUUGGAGCAUGAGCAGUAUCGCACAACUCAUGAGCUCGUUUACAAUACUCCGAACGUGCUAUGCGUUUUUUGAGACUAGCCAUGGGCAUCUUGGGUGGGGCCCUCCAGGAACAUGCAAAGGGGAUAUCAUCGGCAUCCUCUUCGGCUGUGAGGCGCCUGUUAUUCUGAGAAAGAUAGAUUCACACUAUAUUUACAUUGGAGCCUGUUAUGUUGUCGGAAUCAUGGAUGGCGAUCCGUUAGCUGGCAUUGACAAGGGUUCCCCCCGUAUCAAACGGUUUAACAUUGUUUGA